CUCGAGCAGUGAGGAUCGGUCCUGGGAGCGCGGGGAAUCCUGCCUGGAGUGUGAGAGCUUCUCCCGGGGAGCGCGGGAACCCAGCGAGGAGUCUCGGUCUCCCGCUGCGCACAGAGAUGUCCGGCCGAGGGAAAUCCGGCGGCAAAGCCCGGGCCAAGGCCAAGUCCCGCUCCUCCAGGGCCGGCCUGCAGUUCCCGGUGGGCCGCGUGCACCGCCUCCUCCGGAAGGGGAACUACGCGGAGCGGGUAGGGGCCGGGGCCCCGGUGUACCUGGCGGCCGUGCUGGAGUACCUGUCCGCGGAGAUCCUGGAGCUGGCCGGCAACGCGGCCCGGGACAACAAGAAGACCCGCAUCAUCCCCCGCCACCUGCAGCUGGCCAUCCGCAACGACGAGGAGCUCAACAAGCUGCUGGGAGGGGUGACCAUCGCCCAGGGAGGGGUGCUGCCCAAUAUACAGGCCGUGCUGCUCCCUAAGAAGACACAGACAUCCAAAAAAUAAACAGAAAAUAUCCCCCCCCCAGAACCAGACCUCCAAAAAUAAACAGGAAAUACCCCCCCCCCGAACCAGACUUCCAAAA